AUGGAAGAAGGAAAGAAAAGUAAAGUAUCAAUGCAAGUUCUGAAGAGUCAGUCCGCAACUCGCGAACCGACAGAUUUUGGUCCAAAAUCUAUAAGCCGGCUUCGUGUAAGAAGAACAUCUUUUGGAUUCACGGGUGUGCCAGGCAUAAAACCAGUUGAUAGAACUUCCCAGCUUGCUUUGGAGUACAGGCGACCUCCAUUGAUUUAUCUCAACACGUACCAGCUAGAGCCAAACAAUAAAUUUGACGUAUAUAAAGUUAAGAAAAUUACAGAUCAAAUACUAGAUGAAUGCUUCACGGAUCACAAGUACCACGAACAGGAAUCACCGACGUUAGCUAUGCGCAUAGCAGGCGAAGUAAUGCGCAAAAUAAAAAGUCUAAGCUUCAAUCGAUACCGGAUCAUAACUGUCGUGACAAUCGGUCAAAAGAGGUCACAAAGCUACAACAAUGCUGUUGCUUUUAUAUGGGACCAUGAAAGAGAUAAUUACGCCGACGUUAUGAGGGAAGUCAGUAGUGCCUUUAUUCAGAUAACAAGUUUCGGAAUUUAUCUUGAUUGA